UAUGGCAGCUAGGUGGAAGAGUUUAUCGUGGAUGGUUAAAAGUUUUUAUUCCUUAAAUAGGACUCUUUCGUUGUACCAUUCACAAAAAUCAUCCUUGGUGAGAUACAAUUACAAUGAUUUAUAUACGCAAUUGAAGAGAAACUACAAAUACAUUCUAGACGAGAAAUUGGCCGCUAAAAUUGCAAAAAGGCUUGAACCUUUACGAGACGAAUCAAUAGUUGUAACAAAUCCUGGGACGGGAGUUCUUGUGAAAGCAUUAUUGAAAGCCGGAGCGAGUCAUGUUAUUGGACUUGAACCGGAGAGGAAAUUCCACCUGUCGUUAACAGACCUCAAAUCGGAACUUCCAGAAGGGGAAAGAUUUGAAAUCCUUCAUGGUGAUUUCAGUAAAAUCGACCCUCAUCUAAUGAAGAAAGAUGUCUGCAUCGCUCCAGCUAUUUCAUCCGAGGAUGUGCUUCGAUCGGUUAAACCCCAGCCGUGGGAAUCCGAUCAUUUAGCAGCGAGAUUUAUUGGUAUCGAGGCUGCUGUUAACCCUGACGUUGUGCACCGAAAUUUGUUAAGGCAUCUUGGGGCAAUAGCAGCAAAGAACGGCAUCUUCCACAAAGGGAGGAGUGAACUGACUUUUUUCUUUGCAGAGGAUCGAGCGCAUAAAAUCACUGCUCAGUUUGGGAGUAAAUAUUACAACAGACAGUCAAUCAUGUUGGAAAUGUUUUGCGAUGUAAAUAUUUUACUCCGAGAACCCUGUUCAAUGUUUUAUCCUGUUCAAAGAAAAGAAAAAGAUAGUUUUCUGACAUUGGUGAGUAUUAUACCUAAAAAAAAACCAAGUGUGGACAUAGCAAGGGAAGAUCUGGAAUAUUUAAACUACUUUAUCAGACUUCUUUUGGUUAAACCAAAAAGCAAAGUGUUAGAUGUAAUGGAAACUAUUAGCCCAGGAAGCCAUACGAUUUUUGAUGAGCUAGAGUUUGCAGAUGAUCUUACAGUAAGAGACCUUUGUACUGAGCAGAUCAGUCAGCUAGCUAGUGCUUUUUUCCACUGGAGAGGAAGAUCACUGAAUUUUUUCUAUGAUGUAGGAAGUCAUGAAGUAAGAACAAAGUAGGAAUUGAGUAACCCCAAGCGCUCUACCUGUAAUUAUCAAUAAACCUCAUUCUGAUUGUUCAUAUUGGCUUUUUAGUGACCAACUCAGACCUUCACCCCGGGUGCUUGCCUGAAUGUUUUUCUUUCAUUUUUUUCACUAUUUUGCUGAUUCUUUAAAAAUUCCAUUCUAACAGGGAACAUAAUUUAGGAAAUGAGUAGUCUGGCUAGAAAGAACUUAUAAGCAAAAAAAUUAUUUAUUUUUGAUCGCCUGAUCUGGUUGGCUGGUUCUGACUUAUGGUAUGUAACCUGAGAGAGGUGAAUAAAAUGCCCCUUGUUCCCCUCCCCCUCUUACCAACCAUAUUCUUUGUGACAAACUUUAAUGCCCAUUUUUUAAUAAUUGUAAGGAAAAACAAUCAAUUUGAUGUCACUAUUAAGUCUGGGCAAGGUGACAUUCUUUGGUAUCUUGUUUGACAAUGAACUUCAAAGUAAGAAAAUUGGCCAUUCUUAAGAGAAAUCAAAGGUAAAAAUCAUUUUAAGUCUAUUGAAUGUAAAUCAUGAUAUUUGUUGAGCCUUUGAUGUGUAUGGUUUUGGCAUUUUUUUUGGUUUCUGGGGUUCCUUCAAUUGAAAGGUCAAUUUUUUUGUGGAGAAACUAUAUAACAUGUAAAUCAUGAAGGGUGGAGAUUGAUCAUGGAAAUUUGCUCUGAGGCCCCUUUAGUCAUGUAGCAGACCUUCUGAUUAACAGGAGAAAUGUUUGAUGGGGUUAAAAGGAUCAUGUGCUGAAUGUGAUGGCAUGAUUUCAGUCAGUUUCAUUUGUUUCUGCCUGUUACAAUGAUGAUUGAUGGCAGAAUGUAACAAAAUUACAAGCCUAUCCCUGAGCCACUUUGUGGAAAGGGGCUUUAAUAAGGCUAAUAAUUUUGGUCCCUUUUUACAUUCUUUUCUUCCCUAGCAUAUGGUGGUUAAUAUCAGAGUCUGUAGGGUGUCUGUAGGAUGCAGCAAACAAGAACUUUGUAAGAGUGAGUCUAUUUUAUUAACAGA